AUGUUCAGCAGGCUCUGUAAUGCUGCUAGGCUUGCGGUCUCGCACGGUGGGCGACACUGCCGAAAUUUCUCCAAUUAUGCACACUUGAGCAAAGACUACACUCUACAACAAACCAGGAUUGUGCCCAAGCUAACGACAUUUUAUUCUGCCAACCCCCACCACGAAGACCGCAUUGACAGACUCGAGUCUUUGCUAAGAAAAUACAUAAAGCUGCCUACAGUGCAGAUGACGCCUAGUGAAAAGCCAGCUUGGCUGUCGUUCUCAGAAUACGCGCUGAUAGGUGGUGGCACGCGUUUGAAGCCGAUUCAGUACCAGCAACUCGUGAAUCUGCUCAAUCGGUUGCAAGCCAUCGACCCCGAACUGAUUAACGACGAAAUCACCUCUGAGUUGUCUCAAUACUUUAAGAAAACCAAACUGCAGUCCUCGCAAAUUUCGAUCAAAACACUUGAUGAGUUUGGCAGAAGUGUUGCUGUUGGGCGCAGAAAGGCCUCCACCUCCAAAGUGUACCUUGUCAGGGGCUCUGGAGAGGUGCUGGUUAAUGGGAGACAGCUGAACGACUACUUCGUCAAGAUGAAGGACAGAGAAUCGGUCGCUUACCCUCUUAAGGUGGUCGAAGGUGCCGGCAAAUACAACGCUUUUGUCACCACUUCCGGAGGAGGUGUUACCGGCCAGGCUGAGGCCACUAUGCAUGCCAUUGCUAAGGCGCUUCUGGUGUUCAACCCCCUGCUGAAACCUAGACUUCAAAAGGCCGGCGUUUUGACCAGGGACUACAGACACGUGGAAAGGAAGAAGCCCGGCAAAAAGAAGGCCAGAAAGAUGCCUACUUGGGUCAAGAGAUGA